UAUAUAUAUAUACAAAUAUAUAUAUAUGUAGAGUACGAAAUAUAUCCCGCCGUACUUAUGUGCCCGACUUGUUUAAGCAAAUAUUAUCAGAAGCAAUUGUAGUUGAGCUUUGCCCCAAGUGUGUUUCCAAGCAAACAAAAAGUAAAAGAAAAAAAGAAACCAGAAGUACCAGUAAACCAGGAGCACGAGGCAGGUUCCGCCGGAACCGGAGGAGAGCAAGAUCAUCCAUCAUGCAUACGCUAUUCAGUGACCAGAACUCUUUUACCCGCCAUUAUGCCCAGACAGCCGCCGGUUAUGGUUCCGCCUCGGCGGUGGCAGCGGCCAGCAGUGCCUCUGCAGCGGCGGCGGCACAUUACGCAUACGACCAGUACUCCCGGUAUCCGUACUCGGCCAGUGCCUACGGCCUGGGUGCUCCGCAUCAGAACAAGGAGAUUGUGAAGCCCCCGUACUCGUACAUUGCCCUCAUCGCCAUGGCCAUCCAGAAUGCGGCGGACAAGAAGGUGACGCUGAACGGAAUCUAUCAGUACAUCAUGGAGCGAUUCCCGUACUAUCGGGACAACAAGCAGGGCUGGCAGAACUCCAUUCGGCACAAUCUCUCGCUCAACGAGUGCUUCGUGAAGGUGGCGCGGGAUGACAAGAAACCGGGAAAGGGUUCCUACUGGACCCUGGAUCCGGACUCGUACAACAUGUUCGACAACGGUUCCUUCCUGCGACGGAGGCGCCGCUUCAAGAAGAAGGAUGUGAUGCGGGAGAAGGAGGAGGCCAUUAAGCGACAGGCCAUGAUGAACGAGAAGCUGGCCGAGAUGAAGCCAUUGAAGCUGAUGACCAAUGGUAUUCUGGAGGCCAAGCACAUGGCCGCCCAUGCGGCUCACUUCAAGAAGGAGCCACUGAUGGAUUUGGGCUGCCUGAGCAGCAAGGAUGUCUCGCAUGCCGCCAUGCUCAACUCCUGCCACGAUAGUCUGGCCCAGAUGAACCACUUGGCCGCCGCCGGCGGGGGUGUGGAGCAUGCCGGUUUCACGGUGGACUCCCUGAUGAAUGUGUAUAACCCGCGGAUCCAUCACAGCGCCUAUCCCUACCACUUGAACGACGACAAUUUGGCCACCAGCCAGAUGCAUCAUGCCCACCAUGCCGCCGCCGCCCAUCAUGCCCAGCAGCUGCAGCGCCAUGUGGCGCAUGUCUCGCAUCCCCUGACCCCCGGUGGCCAUGGAGGCGGCGGUGGCAUCCAGUCGUCGGGUCAUUCGCCCACCACAAUUGCCACGCCUCAUGGACCAGCGCACGGGGGCUGGUAUACACCGGAGACACCGCCAUCGGAGCCUAUUUCUAAUAAUAAUAACCAGCAGGGAACGCCCACUCAUCCGGGACAUGGGAAUAGCAACAACAAUAACAGCAACAGUGUCCUCAAUAAUAAUGGAGGCGGAGGAGGAGGAGGAGGCGGCGGCGGUGGAGGCUCCCAGUUGACCAGCAGUCCCACCUCAGCCUUGGGCUUCCGGGAUAUGAUAUUUGAGCAGAAUCAAUCCUGCCAACUGGAUCAGGGCAGUCCCACGGGCAGCCUUCAGUCCGCCAGUCCACCGGCACCGGCCAGCGUGGCGGCAGCAUCCGCCGCAGCAGCGGCAGCGGUGAUCAGUAGCCACCAUCAUCAUCAUCAUCACCAUGCGGCGCUGAGCGGGAACCUGGGUCAGCUGGGACAGCUGAGCAACCUCAGUCACUACCGGCCGCAUGUGGGUCACUACCAGGAGUAUGGCAUCAAGUAUGGGGUCUAGGAGGGAUUCAACGAGGAGUCGCCCCCAGGGGGAUUCCCGCUGACCCACCAUAAUCACCACCAUCACCACCACCACAGCCGCCAGCUGGGCUCUCUUGUAUAUUCGUGUAAAUAUAUUCCCAAGAACGAACCACAGCUCUAGAUUGUAGAUGUAUCUUGUAUCUCAGAACGAAUUUAAGCUGAUUUUCUGUUUGUCCAAAAAGAAACUGUUUCCAGCCAAGGGGAAAAUGAGCUAGUGGAGAAGAAAGGAAUGAUUUGAGCUCCAUAUCUUGCAGAUAUUUUCCCAUCCAUUAGCUCUAUAACCUUUGGCUCCAUCUUUUAUUGUAUACGAAGCAAGUUUUAGUUGUUUAAGCCAGAACCGCAUAAUUGUAUUAACUGUAUUUGUAAUUGUAGUCCUUAAAUUGUUAUCGCGUUUAGGCUUAGUCCCAAUUGUCUGCUAUGCAAUUUGUGAUGAGGUUUUGCUAUACAGAAUUAUAUAUAUACAUAUAUAUGAACUUAAACUAGCGCAUUUUGUCAAUAACUAAACUAUUGCAACUACACUAGCCUAGCCCAUGUAAGCAAUAAUAAAUUAUACAACUAAAUCGUAGCUAUAAUAUAAUUAUUAUCAAAACUAGCGUACAAGCAAAAACCAA